AUGGCGGUUAUCAGAACCACAACCAACACGAUUCUCAAACAAUUCUUCCUCAAUCAUCGGCCAAUACCACCAUUGUCUUCCUCUUCUGUGAGUAGCUGGGCUAACCUUAAACCACCAAAUCGCGAAAUCAGCUUCAGCCGGAUUAAAUGUGCGGCUUCCGAUGAUAAGAAGGUAUCCGCUCGGCUGUCUCAGGUUCAGCAAUUACUGCAAGAAGCUGAGGAGCGAGCCAGCGUCGCCGGGAACGAGCCGCCUCCCAAAAUUACACUCGACCAUGUUACUGUGAGUUUUGCAAGAAGUGGUGGGCCUGGCGGCCAGAAUGUAAACAAAGUUAACUCCAAGGUGGACAUGCGCUUCAAUGUUAAAAACGCAUAUUGGCUAAGCGACAGGAUGAGAGAGAGGAUCAUGCAAAUGGAAAAGAAUCGCAUUAACAAGGAUGGUGAGAUUGUGAUUUCUUCGACAAAGACUAGAACACAAAAGGGUAACAUCGAUGAUGCUUUAGCAAAGCUACAGGCGAUCAUUGAUGCGGCUUCUUAUGUUCCACCUCCUCCUUCGGAAGAGCAAAAGAAGAAAAUUGCCAAGUUGGCUGCUAUCGGGGAGCAGAAGCGACUGAAAGGCAAGAAAGUUCUUUCAGACAAGAAGGCUUUUAGAAGAAAUCGGAACAGUUGGGACUAG